AUGAACUGGCAAUAUUUAGUGAAAUUACUGAUGUUGCAGCAUAUAUGUGCCAAAAUUGCACUGAUGGAUAUUAAGCAUAUUCAUGAGAGAGUAAUCAAAGAUGCACAUUUUGGGAACCUUACAAUAAACCCAGAAGGCCCUCUUAAUCCACUGCGUGGCUACCUUUACAGUAAAAAUAGACUAGUGCAUAACAAAAGACUGUUUUCACCAACAAUAGAGACAAGUUACAUCUUGAGAUCGAUAAAUCACAGGAAUAUAAAGACAUCUGAGCAAUGGAGCACAUACGGGUUUCUAAAGAAUCCUGCUAAAGACAAGCCAUAUUCACCAAAAAGUGCAGGGAAUGAAAGCCAGGAGUAUAUUUACAGAUACAGCAGAAGCCUAAUUUGGAUGUUCCCUUCUGUAUCUGGUGACUUGUCCAUAGAAACAGGACGAAAUAAUUCCUUUAUUAGAGCUCUCCGGUCUAUCAAAGAUAAGUCCCAGAUAAAUUCACUUCUUGCCUCCUUAUUACUACUCUCUGAGGGAAUUUCUCUUCCAGUUGAGUACAGCCAAGAAGACGAAGCAGUAUUUCUGAGAAGAAAAAAUGAUUUAUACUUUGUGCUUCCUUUAAGACUCCAAGAAAACACCAAGGGCAACCAGGCUAGUGAAUCUGUCUUUCUGUCUGAAGCCCUAAAACUCAUGAACUUUUUUAUAACGAACUGUGGGUGUGAUCUGUUAAAGAAAGGGGGUGAGUUUUCAGAACCAAUUUCGUACAAGGAUUUCAAGACAGGGAACUUUCUGAACAGCACUAAGUUUAUGAUACAGUCAUACAUAUUUGAGUUCAUAGACAGUUUGGAAGCAACAGAAGGGUUUAUUCAUGCAGUGCACAAAAUACUUUCUGAGUGGAUUGAAGAUGUGCAUGAAAGUGGCAAUGAAGAGAAUAUGCAAAUUGCAAUUGAUCUAUUCGAAAGAUGCUUUGUAUCUGCUGUUUCGCAUGAUAAUUGCAGUAGAACUGACUAUGUGGAUGCUUUGCUGGAAAUAGAGAGGAUUGUUGAUUCGGAUAGGCCCAUUCCCUUUUCUGAUAGUGCGCAGAUUCCUGCAUACAGAAGUGUUCCCGUAUACAUUCGCAAGUCAGAUACAUUCAUAAAUGAUGAAAGAAUGAAUUUUAGCAACUGCGUGGAGGUAGGUCUGCUUGGAAUAUUCUGCUGCUUUGUGUACGAUGCAUCUGCUCGCAUUUAUACCACAGAGCACAUUCCUGAAGCAUCUUCUAGUUUAAAGGAUUUCUUCCAUUCAUACUCUGUGCCAUUCACAUACACUGACUUUAGUCUGCACAAAACCUGGAAUCGAGUGGUUUCAGAUCUGAGUGCACCGGAGAUUGCUUAUGUGAAAGACAGAAAUGAGCUUAGAAGUGGUCUUAUAAAUAUGCUGGUUGUCAUUGCAGAAAUAUCUGGGGUUUAUGAAAGAGACAAAGAAAUUCUUCAGGAAUUUAUAGAAGAAAUCACAGAAGCAGAAAGCAUUACAAACUGGGAUGUAUGCAGAAAGAUAAGGAUAUAUGCUGAAGACCUUUUUAAACUUCUCUCUAGAGAUAGUUCUCUUAAGGUGGAAUUUUUCCUAAAUGAAGGAAAGAGGUCAGACGGAAAAACAGAUCUUUUUGGGAAAAUAUUCUUGAAGUACUCACUUGGUGAAAUAACCAAGGGAAUUCUACUGGAAAUUAAGCCACAACAUGCUUCUCUUUCCUUGGUCUCUGAUAAAUCUAGUUUUCCAAAGAAAAUGGAAGAAAGCCUUCUGAAUAUAAAGCACAUAAUUAAAGCACAAAAGACACUUCUAGGGUACUUAAUUAGACAAUAUGCCAGUUUUAUCCUAAAAAGUGCAAAUAUCAUGCAAAGUACAGAUUUAGUCCACAGAAAGACAAUUAUAAGAAUAUCUGCAGAUAAAUUUGAAAGUAUAGAUAGACUAUUGAUGAAAGCACCAAUUGAAGGAAUUCCGUACAAAAAAGAACUUGUAGCAUGCACUUUAAUAUAUGCACAUGAUCAAGACCUAAGCCCAGAGCAUCCAGCUAUAAGAUUUACAUCAAACAUACUUGGAAGUGUGCCCCUGAGGGAUGUAGAAACACAAAAAGAGUUUUUCCCUAGCUUAGUAUACACUAAAGCCUACCUGUCUUGCUACCCGUCAAUCCUCAUUGAUGACAGUAUAUAUUUGGAAAGAGCCUCAGAGAGUAAUGAAAUCAGUGGAAUAUUCCAUUAUAUAGUGGAGUUAAAUUCACCAGAGUUUCUUGUCCAGUGCUUGAAGGUCUCCAUAAAACUCGAAAAUCUCUCGAUUUCUUUCAGCUGUCCCAUAAUGAAAAAGGAAAAUGCAAAUGAAAUAUUUAGCAUAUUAUAUGGGGAAGGAAGCUUAACACAUAUAAAAAAGAUAAAAAACUAUAUAUUUACGCAUUCUGCACGGAAAAAUUACAUGAAUGAGCUUGUGAGUGCUGCAUGGUUUGUAUACGUAUGUGAGCAAACCCCUAUAAUCUGGGAAGUUGUAGAAGACGCAUACAGUAAUCUUCAUUCAGGCAGUUUCUUGUACAAUUCAGAUAAGAUAAGUACAGUUGAUAAUUUUGGCAGUGUCCUGAAUGUAUUGAAUAUCAUGCGGAAAGACCCAACCCGUGACCCAAAGAAUGCAGAGAAGUUUGAUGCCAUUCAUGCAGAAGUUGUCAGACUGGGGAUACACUAUAAUUCUAGGAAUUGGCCUAGAUACUUCUAA